AUGUCCAAAACGCCAAAUCGCCUUCUAUUACCGGAGUUGGAAAAUAAAAGCUUUAGAGAUACCAAACAAAUUUAGGAUUUAAGGAGAAAACUGGAGAAAUAGCAGGACACUAUACAGGAACUAGUCAAUUUAGUAAAAGAGUCUAAAACAGAAUCUUAUAAGCCCUCAUUCAAUCAAACCAUCAUACAGCCUAAACCUGAAAAGGAUGAAGUUACAUUAUAGUUAUUAGAAGAAGUUAAAACUUUGCGAAGACAAAUAAACAACAUCGAAUAAGGACCUAAACAAACUGUUUAACAUCCAAUAAUCAUUCCGCAGUAUUUACCAGGUCCUCCACAACAACAAUAAUAAUAAUAAUAAUAAUAAGUUUAGCCUAUGAUGCCACCAUAUAUGUAUAUGAAUCCAUACUUCCCUAUGCCUCCUCAAUUUAUGUAUCCCUAUCCGCAAUCAUCAAAUAACGAUGAACCCUAUAAAAGAAUAAUUAUGGAGUUGCUCUAAAAAAACAAUAAAGGCAAUAGAGAUCUUAAUUAUAAAAAAAGAGAUUCAUACUCCAGCGAAUAUACUGAUGAUCUAUAUAGUAGGAACAACAGCAGAUAACAUAGACAUCAUUCAAAUGUGGAUAGAAGAAGGCAUCCAAACGAUCGGUAUAAUCAGAGGAGGAAUAGGGAUAGAAAAUAUAUUAAGGAUAACAAUCAAAGUAAGAGCAGGGAUUACGAUGGCUCAGAUCAUCAUAGAACAAUUAGCAGAACCUCCAUGAAUGACAGCUAAAUGAGUUAUAAUUCAAAUUAGAAUAGGAGGGAUAAAAGAAGAAAAAAUUAAAGGAAUUUUACUGACGAAUAGAUACUCAAAUUAAGGAGAAAGUUAAUAGGAUUGUUUUGGUAUAUUAGAAUUGGUUUAGUGCUUAGAAAAUAUUUGAAAAGAGUUUGGUUACAACGAAGACAAGAGUAUUACGAAACUGAAGCAUAGUAAUUAAUUGAUAAAUUCGAUAAUGAAUUUAACUACAAAGAAGUUUUAAUAUUGUUUGUUGUUGAAUGUAACAAAAACAAGUAUUUUACUAAAAAUUGGAGUUUCUUUGAUAACAAAGAAGUCGAACUUAAAUCUAAAUUAAUCUUUUCCAUCACAACUGCCCUUUUUAAGAAAAUACCAUUUAUGACCAAAAGUACUAUGACAGAUGAACACAAAUAAUUCAUUAAAAAAAUAUCAUCUCCAGGAGGAUAUUUAUUGCCAGGUCAUCCUUAAUUUGUAACUGACAGGGUCGAAUUGAGACCUAAUGUAACAAUAGGAUAAAUAAGUGCAGAGGUAUCAAAGUUGAUUCAAAUGGAUUAUGUUUAUAUUCAAAUUCUUGUUUAGAGAGUCCUUCUUAUUUAUGAAUGGUACUCUCAGUUUUAUAAAAUCCCCAGUUAUAAAGAGGCUAUGAAAAUAUUUGUUACUUUAUUGCAUUAAUUGUUCAUAGAUCAUUUUAUAAAUCUUCCAACUUAUGAAAAUCCUGAUUCAAUCUUUAAUUAAUAAUAAAUUGUGUAUUGUGACUUUAAUUAAUAAAAUUAUAUCAAUGUGGCCACAAGUAUUGAUAGUAAGCAUGCAAAAUAUCAACCAACCAAAAAUUGUUGUAUUCUAGGUCUGGGAACCCAAGAUGAAAUGAGACCACUUUAUGAAUAGCCUGGUUAUAAAGAAGUCUAACUCUAAUUUAAAGAAUAUUGUGAAUUUUUUUAUUAAUCCUUAAACUUUUGA